ACGGGGGGACGCCCCGUCCAGAUGAACCUCUACGCCACCUGGGAGGUGGACCGGAGCUCGCCCAGCUGCGUGCCCAGAUUGUUCAGUUUGACCUUGAAAAAGCUCAUCAUGCUGAAGGAGAUGGAUAAAGAUCUAAACUCAGUGGUGAUUGCAGUGAAAUUGCAGGGUUCAAAGAGGAUCCUGAGAUCCAACGAGAUUGUGUUGCCAGUCAGUGGACUUGUGGAAACAGAGCUGCAACUGACCUUCUCUUUACAGUAUCCUCACUUCUUGAAGCGCGACGCCAACAAACUGCAGAUCAUGUUACAGAGAAGGAAACGGUAUAAAAACAGGACCAUUCUGGGCUACAAAACUUUGGCUGUUGGCCUUAUCAACAUGGCUGAGGUUAUGCAGCAUCCCAACGAAGGGGCCCUGGUGUUGGGACUCCACAGCAAUGUGAAAGAUGUUGCCGUCCCUGUGGCUGAAAUUAAAAUAUACUCUCUUUCCAGUCAACCAAUAGAUCAUGAAGGGCUCAAAUCAAAAUUAUCUGAUCGCUCCCCUGAUAUUGAUAAUUACUCAGAAGAAGAGGAAGAGAGCUUUUCUUCUGAACAAGAAGGGAGUGAUGACCCACUGCAUGGACAGGAUUUGUUUUAUGAAGAGGAAGACCUGAGGAAAGUCAAGAAGACUCGGAGGAAACUGACCUCAGCUUCUGCAAUUACUCGGCAGCCAAAUAUUAAACAAAAGUUUGUGGCUUUACUGAAGAGAUUCAAAGUAUCGGAUGAGGUUGGCUUUGGCCUUGAGCAUGUUUCCAGAGAGCAGAUCCGGGAGGUUGAGGAGGAUUUGGACGAGCUCUAUGACAGCUUGGAGAUGUACAACCCAAGCGACAGCGGGCCCGAGAUGGAAGACACAGAGAGCAUUCUUAGCACACCAAAGCCAAAACUCAAGCCUUUCUUCGAGGGAAUGUCACAGUCAAGCUCCCAGACUGAAAUUGGAAGCCUGAACAGCAAAGGGAGCCUCGGCAAGGAUGCCACCAGCCCAAUGGAAGCAUCUGUUGGGGACAAAAUGAAACCUGCCCGGAAUAAACAUCUAGAUGACAGCAUUAAUGAGACAGACACGCUGGAAGGGAAUGAGCAAGAUACAUUUGGAGACUCGCCGGCCACCUUAAUUAUCCCAGAGAAAGUCAAGACGCCCAUGAAGACCAGCAAAGGAGAGUUUCAGAGCAUGGCAUCACCUAGCAAAAUGGACAGUGCUGUGCACACGCCCCGGCAGAAGCGCAGUACCCCCCUCAAAGAGCGUCAGCUUUCAAAGCCCCUCAGUGAAAGGACCAACAGUUCAGACAGUGAACGAUCGCCAGACUUGGGACACAGCACGCAGAUUCCUCGCAAGAUUGUUUACGAUCAGCUGAAUCAGAUCCUAGUGUCUGACGCAGCACUGCCGGAGAAUAUUAUCCUGGUGAACACUAUGGACUGGCAGGGCCAGUUUGUAGCUGACCUCCUUCAGGACCAGAAGAAGCCGGUGGUUUGCACGUGUUCCACCAUUGAAGUCCAAGCGGUCCUCUCUGCCAUCCUCACAAGGAUCCAGCGAUACUGCAACUGUAAUUCCACCAUGCCACGUCCAGUGAAGGUGGUGUCCGUGGGGGGCCAGAGUUACCUUAGUUCCAUUUUGAGGUUUUUUGUGAAGCAGCUGGCAAACAAGACAUCGGACUGGCUGAGCUACAUGAGGUUUCUCAUCGUCCCGCUAGGCUCUCAUCCCGUCGCCAAGUACAUGGGCGCUGUGGACAGCAGAUACAACAGUAUGUUUCUGGACACAGCAUGGAGAGACCUGUUUAGCAAAUCGGAGCCGCCUGUGGCAGAGCCCUUGGACAUAGUUGGGCGGAUCAUGCAGUACGUGAGCGGAGCGAAUAUGACACACCAGCUGCCUGUGGCCGAGGCCAUGCUGACCUGCAAGCACAAAUUUCAAGAUGAAGACUCUUACCAGAAGUUCAUCCCUUUCAUUGGGGUGGUUAAAGUGGGGCUCAUUGAAGAUUCUCCUGCAGCCACAGGUGAGGGAGACGAUUCUCCCGUCAUCAGCCUCACGGUUCCCUCCACCUCUCCUCCUUCGACCUCUGGCCUUGCCAGGGACAUCACUGCCACUCCUCCAUCAUCCCCCUCUAUGACGAGCGGACUGGCUGUCAUGGGGUCUCCCAGUAGCCCUUAUGGGGAUGUCAUUGGGCUGCAGGUGGAUUACUGGCUCGCUCAGCCCUCCGAGAAGAAAAGGGAAGGGGAAAAAAAGGACGCCAGCUCCAAAAACACCCUGAAGAGCGUCUUCCGCUCCGUGCAAGUCUCACGACUUCCGAACAGCGGGGAAAUCCAGCUGUCUGGAACCAUGGCCAUGACCGUGGUCACCAAAGAGAAGAACAAGAAAGUUCCCACGAUUUUUCUGAGCAAGAAACCCAAAGAGCGAGAGGUCGAUUCCAAGAGCCAGAUGAUUGAUGGAAUCAGCCGGUUGAUCUGCUCUGCGAAACAACAGCAAACGAUGCUAAAAGUUUCCAUUGAUGGAGUGGAGUGGAGCGACAUCAAGUUUUUCCAGCUGGCCGCCCAGUGGCCGACCCAUGUGAAAUACUUCCCUGUUGGACUCUUCGGCUCCAAGCCGGCCUGAUGGCGGCCGCACCGCGGUCCCUCCUGCAUCCUCAUCGCUCUGGGGCGAUGGUGGCACCGCCGCUGUCCACACCAUCCGCCAAAUCACAGCUGUCCUGUGGUGAUUUCACUUGUGUCACAUUUACUGUGUGUUGAUCUGGUCUCGCCAGGGAGGGACCAGCCUCCUGGUGCCAAGAAGAGGUGUCACGUUUUUUGUCUCCAGCCCAAGGAGCUGCCACCGACUGCUUCCUCAUCCUCUGCUGCCACAUCGUGUUGUGGGUGUCCAGCUCCCAUCUGUGCUGAGUGCGGUGUAUCUUGGGAACAGAUUUCCCCAAGACUUUGGAUUCUACUGGUUUGCCAUCACACUGGGUACACACGCCACCCGUGAGCUGGGCUGGCACGCCUGCGUCUUCCUGAAGAUUUGUGUCUGAAGAACUUGUGGCCCUGAAAGCCGACCUUUGACAACUUUGUCCCUGUUACUGCGUUCUUGCGUUCGCUGAGCCAACGGAGAGCUUGGCUGAGCUCUCAGAAAGUUCUCCUCAGCCUUGGUCUUCUCAAAAGCACAAAGCUGCAGGGCCUUGGUUGGCUGUGUUUGCAUUUCCCCCCAAACACACACAAGCCCAGCUCAACCUGGAGAAAGCAGCCGAGGCCUUGUGCCCUCCCCCCAGCCCCUCCCUGCGUCACUGUUUCUGGGUCAGAUAUGCCAGCCUGGCAGAAGGAGCCUUUAUGUUCCAUGGAAAUUACCUAUUUCUUGUUUGGAUGCUGGAACAGAAGA